AUGAGGUGAGGAAAGCACAGUGAAAUGUGUGGGGGUGAGUAGAGGAUUUAGAGACAGAGCAUGCGUUUAUGUUUUGUGUAACUAUGUGUUGUUGAUAGUGUAAUUACAGUGAAAAUAUGUGGUUCUCUGUAGCUCACUUAAAGCUGCAAUAUGUAACUUUUUGGGUGACCUGAGCAAAUUCACAUAGAAAUGUGUGUUAAAGAUCUGUCAUUCUCAUUGAAAGCAUGUUUAAGAAGCGGUAUAUCUGUUCUAUGUGCACUAUUUCUAUGCUCCCCGUUCUUAAGUUAUGUUUUUGUGUCUUUUACUUUCGGUUUUGUACACCAGAUUCAAACAGCUGAAAAUACAAUAUUUUUGGUUAUAGAUGGUACAAUGAUUCUCCACACUAUACUUGCUUGUUUUGUCACAUAAACUGAAAUUAAGUGGAAAUGGUGGAGCGAUUUCUGCGUAGUACAUCUUUAAUAGAACAUGGCGCUUGCAAUGUCAGGAUAGUGUGUUCGAUUUCUGGGACCACCCAUACAUAAACUGUUUGUUUGCACGCAUGAUUGUAAGUCGCUUUGGAUAAAAACGUCUGCUAAAUGGCAUAUAUAAUAUACAGGUAUAGGAGAAGUGUUACCAUGUUUAUCCCCUUCCCCAGUCUGUCAAGACAUGUUGCGUGCACACUAACCCAUCCUGCCCCAACAGCUCUAACCCUUAACUGGUUUGACACAACAGCUCCAACCCUUAACUGGUUUGACACAACAGCUCCAGCCCUUAACUGGUUUGACACAACAGCUCCAGCCCUUAACUGGUUUGACCCAACAGCUCCAGCCCUUAACUGGUUUGACCCAACAGCUCCAGCCCUUAACUGGUUUGACCCAAUAGCUCCAGCACUAACUGGUUUGACCCAACAGCUCCAACCCUUAACUGGUUUGACCCAACAGCUCCAGCCCUUAACUGGUUUGACCCAACAGCUCCAACCCUUAACUGGUUUGACCCAACAGCUCCAACCCUUAACUGGUUUGACCCAACAGCUCCAACCCUUAACUGGUUUGACCCAACAGCUCCAACCCUUAACUGGUUUGACCAAACAGCUCCAGCCCCUCACUGGUUUGACCCAACAGCUCCAGCAACAACUGAUUUGACCCAAGCCCACUACACACUUCAACUAAGACUCAUCAGUGAUGCUAGUGUUUCAGCUCCGGCCUGAUACCUCAUCUCCAAUUGGUCCAUUAGGAAUCACCAUGCACGAGACUCCUAAUGGACCCAAAUCACUGACCAGGGGGUUAGGAGUUAGGGGUUAGGGGCUAAUUGAGGAAGUUAAGGAGGAUGCAUAGCUAGAGUAACCUACAUCCACACAUAGAGUACCAGUCAAAUGUUUGGACACACCUACUCAUUCCAGGGUUUUUCUUAAUUUUUUACUAUUUUCUACAUUGUAGAAUAAUAGUGAAGACAUCCAAACUAUGAAGUAACACAUAUGGAAUCAUGUAGUAACCAAAAAAGUGUUAAACAAAUCAAAAUAUAUUUUAUAUUUUAUAUUUGAGAUUCUUCAAAUACCCACCCUAUGCCUUGAUGACAGCUUUGCACACUCUUGGCAUUCUCUCAACCAGCUUCAUGAGGUAGUCACCUGGAAUGCAUUUCAAUUAACAAGUGUGCCUUCUUAAAAGUUAAUUUGUGGAAUUUCUUUCCUUCUUAGUGCAUUUGUGUUGUGACAAGGUAGGGUAUACAGAAGAUAGCCCUAUUUGGUAAAAGACCAAGUCCAUAUUAUGGCAAGAACAGCUCAAACAAGCAAAGAGACACGACAGUCCAUCAUUACUUUAAGACAUGAAGGUCAGUCAAUACGGAACAUUUCAAGAACUUUGAAAGUGCAGUCGCAAAAACCAUCAAGCGCUAUGAUGAAACUGGCUCUCAUGAGGACCGCCACAGGAAUGGAAGACCCAAAAACAAAGUAUACCCAAAUAAUCAUUUUAAUGAGACCUGAAUGUAUAGUUUUUCUACCCACCUUUUAGUCCUGUAAACAAUUUUACACAUUCCCUCCCUCCCUCUACUUCUUUUUCCUUCCCUGUGUGGGUGUGUGUGUGGGUGUGUGUGUGGGUGUGUGUGUGGGUGUGUGUGUCCCCGGCUCUCUUGUCCUUUUGGUCAUCGUCUGUAUUGUGACUCUGCUCAUUUGAGAGUGAGUGUUGCCUCCUCUCGUUUCUUUUUUCUUUCUUUCUACACACACUGGGUUAGAGCCCUUUCUUUCUCUCCCUCUCUGUCUUUCACAUUCUCUCUAUCUGUCUGCUUCGAUGUUUAUCCCCCUCUCUCUUUCUGUCUGACCGUCAGUCGUUUCACGCUGCAUUUUGCCCUUUGUUUCCAAGGUGCAAUUAGAGUUGUUUUGGAUACGAGCAGACAGAGGGUUGUACACACACACACACACACACACAAACACGCGCACACACACACACACAUACACUGACACACUCACACACAGCCUGUUGUUUUAUAAUGUUCCUCUGAGUCUGAUUUACACCCAGAGUCUAUGGGAACUGCGCUGACAGGGCUUUGAUGAGCCUUUAUGAAGAGCCAUAGAUUAUAGAUCUGUCAGGUUAGAUACCACGUCAUGUCUUACCAUUCCACUGUAAUGCUAUUGCAUAUUGGGGGAAUUCUGACCCGAGUUAAGUGCACGUAAAUGGAAUGUAAUUCCCUUUUUAUUUCACUUUUCUCUCUUUGCAUACUUAAGCAUGAGAAUAGCAUAUUCACCCACAAUUUGUUUGGGGUGGAGAUCACAGUGGAGGUGUGGCGGAGGUGUGUCUACAGAUAAGGCCGUGUUCUGACCUUGACUUAAUUCCCUAAUUAUUCCACCACCUUUAAGCGCGAGGAAACCAUGAAUAAGGUCGAGCGAACCUGCUUGUUCCAAGUGGAAAAAGCAUCUACUAUCUUUUUUCAGAUAGAAUUAACACCAUUCUCAUUGCACUGUAUAUAUUGAUACGAGCUUUUACGCUGCUACUCUCUGUUUAUUAUCUAUGCAAAGUCACUUUAACUCUACCUACAUGUACAUAUUACCUCAAUUACCUCAACUAGCCGGUGCCCCCGCACAUUGACUCUGCACCGGUACCCCCCUGUAUAUAGCCUCCCUACUGUUAUUUUAUUUUACUGCUGCUCUUUAAUUAUUUGCACAUUUUAUUUUUUACUUAUCAAUUUUUUACUUAACACUUUUUUUAACUUUCUUAAAACAGCAUUGUUGGUUAUGGGCUUGUAAGUAAGCAUUUCACUGUAAGGUCUAUACCUGUUGUAUUCGGCACAUGUGGCAAAUAACAUUUUAUUUUAUUUUAUUUGACAAGCGCUAAGUAAAUAAUUUUUCUUUAUGAUCCCUGGAGACAAAUGUGAAACCAGUCAUAUUGAAGCAAACCAGAGGUGAAAGUAAAACAUGAGCCUAUCACAAUAAUUAAAACAAAAUGUCAAGAAAACUGUAGGUUAUUAUACCAUAAUGUAUCAUUAACACAUGUCAGAGGCAUGAAAAAUGUGUGAAUGGACUUGAAAAUGGGUGGUAUAGCCUACGCUCCAAAAUGCGAUGUGGUUUGACAAGAACACUGACAUUUUGCCAAGGCAGAGAUGAGUGGCCGACACCAAGACGUGCGGAAAACAGUGGACGCAUAAAUUCCAGCCUAAUGACAAUCGCCAAAUGUCAUUAAGCCUACACUUUUUGGUGUUUUGUGUAAAAUAUGGAGGCUGGAAAUAUGCUGUGAGUCGACGAACAUGCACGGGUAGCCUAGUACAGGAGCCCUUUGAAGUUAUAUUUUGUACAAAUAAAAAAAAGGGGGUAGAUCAGCUUGAAUAUUGUAGAUACAUAAAUACAUACAUAUAUACAUACACAUGUAUACAGUACCGGCCUCACACUCCUCUUUCAAUUCUGGUUAGAGCCAGUUUGCGCUGUUCUGUGAAGGGAGUAGUACACAGCGUUGUACGAGAUCUUCAGUUUCUUGGCAAUUACUCGCAUGGAAUAGCCUUCAUUUCUCAGAACAAGAAUAGACUGACGAGUUUCAGAAGAAAGUUAUUUGUUUCAGGCCAUUUUGUGCCUGUAAUCAAACCCACAAUUGCUGAUUCUCCAGAUACUGGGCUCCCGAGUGGCGCAGCGGUCUAAGGCACUGCAUCUCAGUGCUUGAGGCGUCACUACAGACCCCCUGGUUUGAUUCCAGGCUGUAUCACAACCGGCCGUGAUUGGGAGUCCAAUAGGGCGGCGCCCAGCGUCGUCCGGGUUUGGCCGGUGUAGGCCGUCAUUGUAAAUAAGAAUUUGUUCUUAACUGACUUGCCUAGUUAAAUAAAGGUUAAAUAAAAAAUAAAACAAAUACUCAACUAGUCUCAAGAAGAGCAGUUUUAUUGCUUCUUUAAUCAGCACAACAGUAUUCAGCAUAAUUGCAAAAUGAUCAAUUAGCCUUUAAAAAUGAUAAACUUGGAUUAGCAAACACAAUGUGCCAUUGGAACACAGGACUGAUGGUUGCUGAUAAUGGGCCUCUGUACGCCUAUGUAGAUAUUCCAUAAAAAAUCUGCCAUUUCCAGCUAUAAUAGCCAUUUACAACAUUAACAAUGUCUACACUGUAUUUCCGAUCAAUUUGAUAUUUUAAUGGACAAAAAAAUUGCUUUUCUUUCGAAAACAAGGACAUUUCUAAGUGACCCCAAACUUUUGAACGGUAGUGUAUAUACAGUGGGGAAAAAAGUAUUUAGUCAGCCACCAAUUGUGCAAGUUCUCCCACUUAAAAAGAUGAGAGACGCCUGUAAUUUUCAUCAUAGGUACACGUCAACUAUGACAGACAAAAUGAGGGAAAAAAAUCCGGAAAAUCACAUUGUAGGAUUUGUAAUGAAUUUAUUAGCAAAUUAUGGUGGAAAAUAAGUAUUUGGUCAAUAACAAAAGUUUCUCAAUACUUUGUUAUAUACCCUUUGUUGGCAAUGACACAGGUCAAACGUUUUCUGUAAGUCUUCACAAGGUUUUCACACACUGUUGCUGGUAUUUUGGCCCAUUCCUCCAUGCAGAUCUCCUCUAGAGGAGUGAUGUCUUGGGGCUGUCGCUGGGCAACACGGACUUUCAACUCCCUCCAAAGAUUUUCUAUGGGGUUGAGAUCUGGAGACUGGCUAGGCCACUCCAGGACCUUGAAAUGCUUCUUACGAAGCCACUCCUUCGUUGCCCGGGCGGUGUGUUUGGGAUCAUUGUAAUGCUGAAAGACCCAGCCACGUUUCAUCUUCAAUCCCUUGCUGAUGGAAGGAGGUUUUAACUCAAAAUCUCACGAUACAUGGCCCCAUUUAUUAUUUCCUUUACACGGAUCAGUCGUCCUGGUCCCUUUGCAGAAAAACAGCCCCAAAACAUGAUGUUUCCACCCCCAUGCUUCACAGUAGGUAUGGUGUUCUUUGGAUGCAACUCAGCAUUCUUUGUCCUCCAAACACGACGAGUUGAGUUUUUACCAAAAAGUUAUAUUUUGGUUUCAUCUGACCAUAUGACAUUCUCCCAAUCCUCUUCUGGAUCACCCAAAUGCACUCUAGCAAACUUCAGACGGGCCUGGACAUGUACUGGCUUAAGCAGGGGGACACGUCUGGCACUGCAGGAUUUGAGUCCCUGGCGGCGUAGUGUGUUACUGAUGGUAGGCUUUGUUACUUUGGUCCCAGCUCUCUGCAGGUCAUUCACUAGGUCCCCCCGUGUGGUUCUGGGAUUUUUGCUCACCGUUCUUGUGAUCAUUUUGACCCCACGGGGUGAGAUCUUGCGUGGAGCCCCAGAUCGAGGGAGAUUAUCAGUGGUCUUGUAUGUCUUCCAUUUCCUAAUAAUUGCUCCCACAGUUGAUUUCUUCAAACCAAGCUGCUUACCUAUUGCAGAUUCAGUCUUCCCAGCCUGGUGCAGGUCUACAAUUUUGUUUCUGGUGUCCUUUGACAGCUCUUUGGUCUUGGCCAUAGUGGAGUUUGGAGUGUGACUGUUUGAGGUUGUGGACAGGUGUCUUUUAUACUGAUAACAAGUUCAAACAGGUGCCAUUAAUACAGGUAACGAGUGGAGGACAGAGGAGCCUCUUAAAGAAGAAGUUACAGGUCUGUGAGAGCCAGAAAUCUUGCUUGUUUGUAGGUGACCAAAUACUUAUUUUCCACCAUAAUUUGCAAAUAAAUUCAUUAAAAAUCCUACAAUGUGAUUUUCUGGGAAAAAAAUUCUCAAUUUGUCUGUCAUAGUUGACGUGUACCUAUGAUAAAAAUUACAGGCCUCUCUCAUCUUUUUAGGUGGGAGAACUUGCACAAUUGGUGGCUGACUAAAUACUUUUUUCCCCCACUGUAUAUACAGUACAUUCGGAAAGUAUUCAGACCCCUUCCGUUUUUCCAUUUACGUUAUAGCCUUAUUCUAAAAUUGAUUAAAUAAAAUGUUUUCCUCAUCAAUCUACACACAAUACCCCAUAAUUACAAAGCGAAAACAGGUUUUUAGAAUUUUUGCAAUUUAUUAAAAAUAAAAAACAGAUAUACACAAUUUACAUAAGUAUUCAGAGCUUUCACUAUGAGACUCGAAAUUGAGCUAAGGUGCAUCCUGUUUCCAUUGAUCCAGAGCUGGCUGCCGGGCCAAACUGAACAAUCGGGGGAGAAGGGCCUUGGUCAGGGAGGUGACCAAGAACCCGAUGGUCACUUUGACAGAGCUCCAGUCCUAUUUAUGAUAUAAUUUACAAAGAUUAUACAUUUUUUAAACAUUAUUUCAAAAAAGUAUGUUUUUUUUUAAUCAAUUAGUAUAUUUGAGUUUAACCACAAUAUUUGUUGUAUUAUUUGUUCUGUCCUUUCUGGUGGAUUAAACUGAAAUUGCAACCAACUUUCUAUGGCGAUAUUUUGGAGAUUAUUUCAUUUUCAAAUAACCGAAAGUGAGAGGUUGUAAUCUGAAUAAAGGGAAAAAGGCCAUUCUUGAACAUGAGGUGGGACAUUCUUUCUAAUCUGCUAGAGAACCAGUUCGGAUUUAAGUAUAACUUUUGUAUGACUGACGCCUUUAGUGAGAGGUCUAAUGCUUUAAUAUUUAAUCAUUUUUGCCCUUCGAAUUCAUAUUAAUUAUUAAUAGGCCCGUUUAAUUUUGUCUGGCUUGCCGUUCCAAAUAAAAUGGAAUAUUUUUUGCUCAUAUAAUUUAAAAAACAGGUAGGUAUGACUAAAGAGUUAAUCAGGGUGAUUGUUCCACAACUAGACAGGUAUUUUCCUUUCCAUGGUAGCAAGAUCUUAUCUAUUUUUGCUACAUUUCUAUAAACAUUUAUUGAAGUGAGAUUAUUUAUUUAUUUUGGGAUAUGUAUACCGAGUAUGUCCACAUUACCGUCAGACCAUUUUAUUGGUGAACUACACGGUAAUGUAAAAGUUGUAUUUUUUUGUGAUCCAAUAUGUACACAUCAUAAUUAGGUUGUAAUCCAGAUAGGUUAGAAAAUGUAUCUAGAUCCUCUAUUAAUCAAUCAAUUUUAUUUUAUAUAGCCCUUCUUACAUCAGCUAAUAUCUCGAAGUGCUGUACAGAAACCCAGCCUAAAACCCCAAACAGCUAGUAAUGCAGGUGUAGAAGCACGGUGGCUAGGAAAAACUCCCUAGAAAGGCGAAAACCUAGGAAGAAACCUAGAGAGGAACCAGGCUAUGAGGGGUGGCCAGUCCUCUUCUGGCUGUGCCGGGUGGAGAUUAUAACAGAACCAUGCCAAGAUGUUCAAAAAUGUUCAUAAGUGACAAGCAUGGUCAAAUAAUAAUCAGGAAUAAAUCUCAGUUGGCUUUUCAUAGCCGAUCAUUAAGAGUUGAAAACAGCAGGUCUGGGACAGGUAGGGGUUCCAUAACCGCAGGCAGAACAGUUUAAACUGGAAUAGCAGCAAGGCCAGGCGGACUGGGGACAGCAAGGAGUCACCACGGCCGGUAGUCCCGACGUAUGGUCCUAGGGCUCAGGUCUCUCAGUUGGCUUUUCAUAGCCGAUCAUUAAGAGUUGAAAACAGCAGGUCUGGGACAGGUAGGGGUUUCGUAGCCGCAGGCAGAACAGUUGAAACUGGAAUAGCAGCAAGGCCAGGCGGACUGGGGACAGCAAGGUGUCAUCAUGCCCGGUAGUCCUGACGUAUGGUCCUAGGGCUCAGGUUCUCAGAGAGAAAGAGAGAACGAGAGAAUUAGAGAGAGCAUACUUAAAUUCACACAGGACACUGGAUAAGACAGGAGAAGUACUCCAGGUAUAACCAACUAACCCCAGCCCCCCGACACAUAAACUACUGCAGCAUAAAUACUGGAGGCUGAGACAGGAGCGGUCCGGAGACACUGUGGCCCCAUCCGAAGAAACCCCCGGACAGGGCCAAACAGGAAGGAUAUAACCCCACCCACUCCGCCAAAGCACAGCCCCCGCACCACUAGAGGGAUAUCCCCAACCACCAACUUACAAUCCUGAGACAAGGCCGAGUAUAGCCCAUAUUAGGCUGUGGAGGGAUCCAAAUUGUGGAUUUAAAAGAAAACAUGAAUCACCAGCCUUCAAUGACACCUUUGUUUUCAAGCCCUGGAUUUCUAACCCCUUGAAAUUAUUGCUGGAUCUGAUUUUAAUAGCUAACAUUUCGAUGGCCAUAAUAAAUAGAUAUGCCGACAGUGGACAACUUUAUUUUACUCCUCUUGACGGUUUAAUAUUUUCGGAGAAGUAUACAUUAUUUACUAUUUUACACCUAGGGUUACAAUACAUAACUUUAAUGUAUAUAUAUAUAUAUAUAUAUAUAUAUAAAUUCCAGUCGUACUUUAUCAAAAGCCUUUUCAAAGUCAGCUAUGAAUACAAGGCCUGGUUUCCCAGAUUUUUCAAAGUGUUCUAUUGUUUCCAGUACUUGUCUUAUAUUAUCUCCAAUGUAUCGUCCAUGUAAAAAACCUGUCUGAUUAGGAUGAAUAAUAUCCGACAAUACCUUUUUAAUUCUAUGCGCUAUGCAUUUUGCUAUAAUUUUUGCAUCACAACACUGAAGUGUAAGGGGCCUCCAAUUUUUUUAAUGGACUGGAUCUUUAUAUUUACCACUUGGAUCAUGUUUCAGUAAUAAUGAAAUCAGACCUUCUUAUUGAGUAUCUGAUAAUCUACCAUUUUUAUAAGAGUGGUUAGGAGACCCAAGCUAUAUGCUUCUGUAGGGCCCACAUUUUAAAAUGUUAUAAUUAUGUAUGCCCUGGCUUUUCCCUGUUUUAUUUGACAAUUUCUAUCAUGUUAAAUAUUAGCCACUAUCGGGAGACACCGUCAGUAAUACCCACAUGCAUUUAUAAGUGUCACUUUAGUGUUUGUUUCCUUCAUUUUGUAGCCUACAUUUUGCAUUGUUCCAUUCCAUUUACCUUUCUUUCCUAUGUCAUGCCCGUGCCGUUGUUCCUGAGCGUCGCUAGCAUUAGUGGAUCAUAUUAGGCUAACGUUGUGCAAUAAUUUAUUAAUAAUAAAUUUGAAUCAUUAUGGAACUCAGACCACACUAAAACUGCAGCGUAGUGUACGGUUCACGAUGACUGGACCGUUGUCAUACAGUUCGAGGAUUAGGGUAGAUUUUAGGAAAUAUUGUUCAAUCUCUAUUGUACACUUUUUUCACCUUCCAAUAUUUCAUGGAUUGAACAAUUGAAUAUGGCAAUUUUCAGGAUGAGUCAAACCACUAUUUUUGAUUUACCAAUAUAUUUUGUGCAUAAAGGCUCUCCAAACCAUUUUUUAUUUAUUAUUCAUAAAUACUUUCCUAACCCUAAAUAAUAUACGAGAUCUAAGUAUUUUUAAAUCUACCAAUUGGUGCUAAAAAGGAGGCAAAGAGUAUCCUACCAACAGGACAUUAAAAACUGCAACCAGAAGCCAUGGAUUACAGGCAACAUCCGCACCAAGCUAAAGGCUAGAGCUGCCGCUUUCAAGGAGCGGGACACUAAUCUGGAUGCUUAUAAGAAAUCCCGCUACGCACUCAGACGAACCAUCAAACAGGCAAUACAGGACUAAGAUUGAAUCAUACUACACUGGCUCUGACGCUCGUCGAAUGUGGAAUGGCAUGCAAACUAUUACGGACUACAAAGGGAAACCCAGCCGCGAGCUGCCCAGUGACGUGAGCCUACCAGAUGAGCUAAAUGCCUUUUAUGCUAGCUUCGAGGCAAGCAACACUGAAGUGUGCAUGAGAGCAUCAGCUGUUCCGGACGACUGUGUGAUCACGCUCUCGGUAGCCGAUGUGAGCAAGACCUUUAAACAGAUCAACAUUCACAAAGCCGCGGGGCCAGACAGAUUACCAGGACGUGUACUCAAAGCAUGUGUGGACCAACUGGCAAGUGUCUUCACUGACAUUUUCAACCUCUCCCUGACCGAGUCUGUAAUAUCUACAUGUUUCAAGCUGACCACCAUAGUCCCUGUGCCCAAGGAAGCAAAGGUAACCUGCCUAAAUGAUUACCUCCCCGUAGCACUCACGUCGGUAGCCAUGAAGUGCUUUGAAAGGCUGGUCAUGGCUCUCAUCAACACCAUCAUCCCGGAAACCCUAGACCCACUCCAAUUCACAUACCGCCCCAACAGAUCCACAGAUGACACAAUCUCAAUCGACUCCACACUGCCCUCUCCCACAUGGACAAAAGGAACACCUAUGUGAGAAUGCUGUUCAAUGACUACAGCUCAGCGUUCAACACCAUAGUGCCCACAAAGCUCAUCACUAAGCUAAGGACCCUGGGACUAAACACCUCCCUCUGCAACUGGAUCCUGGACUUCCUGACGGGCCGCCCCCAGAUGGUAAGGGUAGGCAACAACACAUCUGCAAUGCUGAUCCUCAACACUGGGGCCCCUCAGGUGUGAGUGCUUAGUCCCCUCCUGUACUCCCUGUUCACCCACGACUGCGUGGCAAAACACGACUCCAACACCAUCAUUAAGUUUGCUGACGACACAACAGUGGUAGGCCUGAUCACCGACAAUGAAGAGACAGCCUAUAGGGAGGAGGUCAGAGACCUGGCAGUGUGGUGCCAGGACAACAACCUCUCCCUCAAUGUGAGCAAGACAAAGGAGCUGAUCAUGGACUACAGGAAAAGGCGGGCCUAACAGGCCCCCAUUAACAUCGACAGGGCUGUAGUGGAGCGGGUCGAGAGUUUCAAGUUCCUUGGUGUCCACAUCACCAACAAACUAUCAUGGUCCAAACACACCAAGACAGUCGUGAAGAGGGCACGACAACACCUUUUCCCCCUCAGGAGACUGAAAAGAUUUGGCAUGGGUCCCCAGAUCCUUAAAAAGUUAUACAGCUGCACAUCGAGAGCAUCCUGACCGGUUGCAUCACCGCCGGCGGUAUCAGAGUAAGACUCCAGUCACCCAAGUCAUAGACUGUUCUCUCUGCUACCGCAUGGCAAGCGGUACCGGAGUGCCAAGUCUAGAACCAUAAGGCUCCUUAACAGCUUCUACCCCCAAGCCAGUAGACUGCUGAACAAUUCAUCAAUUGGCCAACCAGACUAUUUACAUUGACACCUCCCCCCUCCCUUUGUUUUUACACUGCUGCUACUUAUUAUCAAUGCAUAGUCACUUUACCCCUACCUACAUGUACAAAUUACCUCAACUAACCUGUACCCCCGCACAUUGACUUGGUACCGGUACCCCCUGUAUAUAGCCUCGUUAUUGUUAUUUUAUUGUGUUACUUUUUUAUUUCAUUUAAUUUUUUAAGCAUUUCACGGUAAGCAUUUCAUACCUGUUGUAUUCGGCACAUUUGACAAAUACAAUUUGAUUUGAAAUACCGUGUAUUUAUAUGGCUUUCUUUCAUUGAUUCCUAGUAUUCUGAACCGUUCUCUCCAUAUAUUCUAGUGAGCCUGUCAAGAAAAUUCUAAUUCAAGGUACACCAAAUUUAAAGGGAUGGCUUUAGAUUAAAUUUACUAAAAACCCUACUGAAUGAAAACUCCACGAGAAAAUCUGUUGGCCAGCAAGUAGGAGGGUUUUCUGCGGUUUAAUUAAAUGUAUUCAGCGUGCGCAAGGGAACCACGCCUGCAAAGCCUGUUAAGCACCUUCAUAAGGUAAGUCAGAAUACCAACUACUGAGAAGUGCGUAGGAAAGGCGUGCGUAGGAAAGGCGUACAUUUCCUAAGUCAUCGGGCCCUAUGAGAGAAAAUUCUAUGGCCACCAAGUAAUUGGAGAAUGCCUUAAUUCAGGUCUGUGGGCAGCUGACACAGCAACAUCUACCUGUGUGAUAGAUAGCUGAUGAGAGAACAAACUGGUUCCUUCACACUCCCUUGUCCUCUGCCAGCUUUGUUGGACCACUUCGGAGGGAACAAUAUAUUAGUUUAUCCAUUUUAGAGCUGAAGUAGAAUAAGGUUGAAGUUUGAAUGACAGAGGUGUCUCUCUCUCUCUUUCUCUCUCUAUUUCUUUCAAUAUCUCUCUCUCUCUGUGGAUUUCGAGGGGCGAUAGAGCGUGGUCAUGGUUGACUCUGGUGAUGUUUAGGGCAGCCAGAUACUUUGCCUACCAAAUGAGUGGUGGUCAUGACCGUGUGGAUUUACAUGGCAGGAACAGAGCUUGGGUUCCACCACACAGACAGGGAGUUUGUGAGUGAUUUUAAAGAGCGACUGCCUUUGAAAAGCAACUAAUCCCUUUGAAAACGGCCUAUUUUAUAUCAAUAUGAGUCAGAAACAGUUAUUGUCAAAAUUGACUACAAAGUUUAAUUAGGAUAAUUUUGGUCAUAAAGUCAGUCUCGUCUAAAACAGAGUUUGUAACAUCCGUGCGUCACAACGGAUAAAGGAAGGUUGGGUUUUGAUUUGACAAUAUCCAUUUGCCCACUAAUAUGGGGUGAACAGCUGCGGUGAUUGUUCUCUUUCCAAUAGUAUAGACAGUGAGGCAGAUCUGCCCAGCAGCUCCGACUUUGUUUACAUAAGACAACACGUUGCAAAUGUCUUUAUUUGAGGAAUACUGCACCAAACACCUUAGUUAGAUUUCUUGAGUUAUCUUAGAUUCAUAGAGUACCACAGUAUGAGUCAUAAUACCCAUAAAACCUAGCGGUCAAAUAAGGAAAUGGUUCCAAUCGUUUUUCCACCAUUCAUUUUUCCCAUAAAGGAUUUUAGAAACACUUAAAAUAAGGGCUGUGUUUCAUGUAGGCUUACCCUGGUGUGACAUUUUGAUAACUGUGUAAAUCUCUCUUGGACAAGGUGACUUUUAUCAAUAUAUUCGCCUGUAUUUACCCCCCCAAAAUGAAAUGCUAAUUAGCUCCUUAUGUGGCUAUCAUAAAGAACUACAAAUGCCAUGAGGAUCUGGACGAGACUGCCGAAUCGAGGCAAAGGUAAGAAUCUCUGGAUUAACUGUCUAAUGUCAGCAAAAUUUAGGAAUUAAUAAAUUGGCUACGUUUCUUUAAAUUGACAAUUCUGCGAACUGUCUUGUGCAUGUUUUAAAUUGACACAACACCUGUUAGCAAAGGUGUCAGCUAGAGAUGACGUGCAGGAGCUUGCAGGGAUUUUUAGUCUUGAAUGAUGUCUACUUUGAUGCUAAUGAGCAUUUUCGAAUCUGAGAGAAAAUAGAGACAAAUAUAUUGAUAUAAGUCACUUUGUCCGAGAGAGAUUUACAUGGUUAUCAAAACGUCACACAAGGGUAAGCUUACACGAAACACAGCCCUUAUUUUCUAUGUAAAAAAAAUUCCCUAUGGGAAAAAUGAAUGGUGGAAAAACAAUUGGAACCAUUUCCCUGUUUGACCGUUAGGUUUUAUGGGUAUUAUGACACCUCCACUGUGGAGCUUUAUUCUGGGGAUUUUCAGGACGUGAAAUAGGCUUCCCCGUCUAAUCUCAUGGAGGACAAACAUCCUUAACCAAAUGCAGAAUCGGUCAGGAAACACAACUCCAUGACUGAAAUCUUGUUUUUCUAAUGAGCAACAGAAAAACAUACGUGCCAAUUGGCGUGUUCAGUGGCUCUUUGAUGGCAAGCGAGCAUGUGUGAGUGUUUGAGUGUUUACGAUGACACAAGGCCACAUUUGAAAAAAUGUGAAUGAAGUAUGUACAGUGUGUGUGCUAGCCAAUGGCCACAUGGGUCAGCACAGCAUUUAAACAUGCAUGUAAACGCCAUAUGUUUUGGAAUACUUUCACGUACACUGUAGGUAUCAGUUAAUCUAAAAUAAGAAUAAGUGUGCCCAGUUCCUGGACCACAUGACAACAUUAGUGUCUAUUCUGCUUUUAUCUCUCACAUGGGCAGGCUCAUCUGUGCUUUAACAUGCAUGAAUGUAGGGGGAUGAACACCCAUCCAUACAGUAGAAUGUGAAAACACAUGGCGUACAGUUUGAACAAUUCCAUUAACAUACGGCACUAGCAUACAAACACAGUACAUUCCUAAAAUGAAUACCUCUACAACUCUCAACUUGACAGAGCUGGAAUUCUGAUGAAAAUACUUGGCUUUUGGUAACUGAACACAAUGGGUAAUAUUUACUGCAUCAUACCUUCACCAAGAGAUCUGUGAGAAUAAACCUCUGGGCCAGAAUCUUUGUUUUGGUUUCCAUAUGUUUGCCUACGCAAUCUCCUGUUGUCAUAACAAGUUGGUCUAAUAGACCCCAGCUUUGCAUAUGUGGGAAACUGCAAACGGCUGGGUGGGUGAGCGUGGAGAUGGAUGGAUAGAUAGACAAACAGAGAGAUAAAGGGAUCAGGAGAGAGGGAUAGGGGUAGGAGGCACAGAGGAAGAGGGAGAGAGUGACAGAGAAUGGAGAGAGGGGGAGACGGUUCCUACCCUUUUUCUUUUUGUCCCUGUGAUAGAGUAAGGGAAAGGGGGAGGGGGAAUGUGUGAUGGAAGAUGGUUGGUUAUCAGUGUGUAUGUGGUCAGAACAGGUAUGAGAUUGUAUGGGUGGGUGUAUUUGUGUAGGUCUGCAUAGAGGUCAAGUGUUCUAACUGACCGAUAGAUCUAGACAGAAAGGAUAUCUUACACACAUCCAAGCCAAUGUACCACCCAUUAUGUUAACAGAUGUUACCAUAAAUGAAUCCCCUUUCCUCCUGUCAGGCUCCUGGGCAGGAUGUCUGUGAGGGGCUUGGACCACCCCUGUCCCCCCAUAAAGCGCGAGCCCUCCAGCCCCAGCCCCAGCUUCCAGGGGGACAGCCCAUCCCAACCCAGCCCUGAGGGCUCCUCCUCAGACACCAACUCCAGCUUUGGUCUCCUGGGCAAGAGUCACAACCACACCAACGGCUUGGACUCACCAGGGCUCUAUGGACACACAGCGGGCAUGGGGAACAAUGGCACAGCCAACAGGUGUGUGUGUCUUUUUGUCUGUGUGUGUGUGUGUGUGUAGGGCUUUAUGCUUGGGUGCAUGUACCAUAUACAGUAUGUGUGUCUAACCCCUUUCUCACUCUCUCUCUCUCUCUCUCUCUCUCUCUCUCUCUCUCUCUCUCUCUCUCGCUCUGUCUCUCUCUCUCUCUCCCUUCAGGCGGUUUGGUGGUGAGGAUGGCCAGGUGAAGUGUGAGUUCUUGCUGGAUUCUGUGGCUAAGAGGCUGUGUCUGGUGUGUGGAGAUGUGGGGUCAGGGUACCACUACGGAGUGGCCUCCUGUGAGGCCUGCAAGGCUUUCUUCAAGAGGACCAUCCAGGGUAAGACACAAUAAUUAAUAGAAACAAUGGGGUUAAGAGUUCACCUGAAGUGCCCACGUGUGUUACAGUAUAUAUGGACAGACACCAGAGGUGUAUUGCUUUGUACUGAUAAACUUGCAGUAGGCUGAUAAGUUCCCAGCCCCUGUUUUAGUAUCAACACCUGAUCAACUCUAAGGACGCAAGCUUACAGGUUCCGUUACAGGUUGUGUGUGUUUGUAUGUGUGUCUCAUCCAUAUGUUUGCAGCAUAUUGUGUGGGGGUUUUAAUGUGAUUGUCUGUGACUGUGCGUGUUCCAGAGGCAUGGCCCUCGCGUGGUAAGACCAGCUUUAGGCUCCUUAAGCCGCCUCCACAUGCAAAUGGCUCAAAGUUCAUACCUGGAUGGCUGCCAGAUCAAAUGCUUACAUUAGAUCUGAUGAUCAGGUGAUCAGAUGCUUCCUGAUUUUAAUAGGAUGUGGCAGCUCAGAGUGCUGCUGAUUAGCUGACUUCCAGGAAAGUUUCCUGGUUUUCCUCAUUGGAGUUUCCUGUGUCUUUUCAGCAUCUUGUUUGUUUUGAAGUGGUUGAAUGAACGGUUUUAGACGUGAUAGAGAACAUUGUCCCCUUUUCUUGACUGGCUUUCUGUCUCUCAAUCUCUCCCCUCUCUGUCUUUACAUGUUUCUCUCUAUUUCGCUCUAUCUAUCCCCCCUCUCCUUUCUUUCCCACCCACAGGUAACAUCGAGUACAGCUGCCCGGCCACCAGUGAGUGUGAGAUCACCAAGCGGAGGAGGAAGUCGUGUCAGUCCUGUCGCUUCAUGAAGUGUCUCAACGUGGGCAUGAUGAGAGAAGGUGAGGAAGGAACUUCUCUACUCCUCUAUGUACCUUUAAAUAUAAACUGAGCGUAGAAAACAUUAUGAAGGGGAGGAGACAGGUUAAAGAAUAAUAUUUCAACCUUGAGACAAUUUUGACAUGGAUUGUGUAUGUGUGCCAUUCAGAGGGUGAAUGGGCAAGACAACAUAUUUAAGUGCCUUUAAACGGGGUAUAGUAGUAGGUGCCAGGCACACUGGUUUGAGUGUGUCAAGAACUGCAAUGCUGCUGGGUUUUUCACUUUUAACACUUUCCUGUGUGUAUCAAGAAUGGUCCACCACCCAUAGGACAUCCAGCCAACUUGACACAACUGUCGGAAGCAUUUGAGUCAACAUGGGCCAGCAUCCCUGUGGAACACUUUUGACACCUUGUAGAGUACAUGCCCUGAUGAAUUGAGGCUGUUCUGAGGGCAAAAGGGGGGUCAACUCAAUAUCAGGAAGGUGUUCCGGUGUUCCUAAUGUUUGGUAUACUCGGUGUACACAAUCCAUGUCUCAAUUGUCUCAAGGCUUAAAAAUCCUUCUUUAACCUGUCUUCUCCCCUUCAUCUACACUGAUUGAGGGGAUUUUAACAAUCGACAUAAAUAAGGGAUCAUAGCUUUCACCUGGAUUUACCUGGUCAGUCUAUGUCAUGGAAAGAGCAGGUGUUCAUAAUGUUUCUAUAUCCCAAUGGAUCUUUAUCUAUUCAGUCUUAUAACCGUGUUUUAAUACAAUGAAGAGAAAGAAACUAAAAAUCAAGAUCUAGGAUAUCUUUGAAGUAAAGACAACAGGUCUCCAUACGUUGGCAAAUCUAUUAGUGUAGAGGGAGUCUGGAUCUACAGAGGGAAAUGUAAUCCCUUUGCCUGUUAAACAGGUCCAGCCCCUUAGUGCCUGCUAGUGUUACUGCUCAGUGUUCAUGUAUGGUGUUAGCAGAACAAUGCCCAGUGUCUCUAUAGGACGCUACUGGCUACGAUACCUCUGAAAUAGAAAAUGGCUGUCUGCCAGAGUAUGUGUGUGUGAACGUGUGUGUCUAUCAUUCUCUUUCUCUCCGACAUACAGUCUCUUUUCCAAUUUGUCACACUACUCACACAUGCACAGAAUAGAAAUAGAUUAUCUAGAACAACAGACAUAUCUUACAUUCUACAUCUAUGGCCCCCAGAGACUCUGGAGAGUUUUAUAGUUAGUGUCUGGUGCAGCGGUCUCAUGGUCUUGUGGUCUUGUGGUCAAGACUGAAGUGUGUGGCUGCCGGUGACAUAUUGUUGGCCAGAUAUAGAAGUGACCCAAAAAGGCAAAGCUUCACUGUAUGAACCACUUAUUGAAGGCUGCGUGUGAGCAACCGACAGCUGUUUAUCAAAUAAGAGGGGGAGGAGUGAGAGAAAGAGAGAGGAUAGAGAGAGAGAAGGAAAGAGAGUUUACUGCCACCUGCUCCCUCCCCCUUCAGCUCAUCAGCUUUGAUUUAAUCAUCCGUCAACCAGGGUGACAAGGAUCCAACAUCUGUUUACGGUCACCCUGUGUGUUUGUAUGUGUACGAGCGUGUGCUCGUGCGUGCAUGUGUCUCCUUUUUUAAUUAGCUUAUUUUUAAUAGGGGAAGGGCAUCUCCAGCACCCAGCCCUGGCUCCUAUAGCAAUGCCCCCCCCCGCUCCCACCCCCCACCCCCCUCGUAAAUUCGUCCAGAUGCCUUGUGGGAUUUCUGGACCUCCAUGAAAUGUGAACCGUGCCUCGUAACUCCCAUCGUAACCCCCCCUGGUAGCGGUUCUCGCAACGUGCCUCAUCGUGCCUGGUAACGCCCCUCUUCCUCUGGGGGGCUGCAGUAAAGGUAGAGACAGAGUGGUGUGACUUUUAACAGGGGAGAGAGGUGCAUGUCAGCACAACACACAGCUAAAGGAUAGAAACCCUUGGUCUAGAAUAGAGACCUGGAUAGAAGUUGAUUGAGCACGGAAUCAGUGUUCCGUUUCACAAUUCAGUAGGGCAGUGGACUGACAAAUAUUCUAAUUGUUCCACUACUUGGAACACUGUUCUUACCUCAUGUGGUUAAAUCAGAAAAAAUACUUUAUGCAUACUCUCUCCCCAGAGCAGUGUGCAUCUAUGAGGUUUGUCCUAAUCAUAUCACAUAGCACUAAUCACAUGGAAGACAAUCUAAGUUCUGGUCACACCGUUGAAAUAGAAUGAGUAGAAUUCUAAUGAUAUAGGUAAGGCUUGACCUUAUUAUAUACACAAAAAUAGCUCCAUUCUUUAGUUUGUUUAUCUCUUUAAAGAAUAAGAGCUUUUGACGUCCUUUCAUGACCCAGAGCCUGACUAACAAGCUUGCAGUAGGCUAAUAAGGAAGGGCAUUCGUUGACAUCAGACCAUUAUCCGAAGCAGCUUAGGAUAGUUCCUCAGUCAGUGGCUUUUCUACUACACAUACAGUACAUGCAGACGGCUAUAUGUGCCGGGUCUCUCCCAGGGGGAAAUUAUGUCAUGUAGAAUGGUGAUCCGGGUCAGUUUUCUUGUGCUCAGUGGAUAUCCGUGCUCUUGAUCCUGCCGGGUGUGUUUUGGGAAUGUGUAAAGCCCCCUUCGAAGGGUGCAGGGGGACUUCAAACAGGGGUGAGGGCAGAGGGGAGAGGGGAGGGGGGAGGGGAAGUGACCCAACACCCGCCUCCUUAUUGGAACCCUCAGAUCUCUCCGACACAGAGAGAUGUAGAGUGUAGAAUGUGUGUCUGUGUAUGUAUGUGUGUGUGUGUGUCUGUAUGUGUUUGUACACUGUUAUCCUUCAGGGCUAUUCUUGUCCCUUUGGUUGUCAGCACAUUCCUCUCUGAAGAGUUACACUUAGCUCAGAUGCCUAUGUUUAACUCUUUGACCAUCCUCACACCCACACACACAUACAUACAUACAGAACAAACCUUACACACUAACACACCUAUUGCUCCUUUGCUUUCAUAUAAUCCAGUGUGUGUGUCAACACAGUGAAAUCCCUCCCUACAGACACACCCUCAUCACCCGUCACAAACUUCAAACUGUAGCACCUGCCAACCGCUAGACUAAUCCAGACCGUGUUUCCGACCACAGUGGAAGGACUGACAUCACUAAAGGUCCAGGGGUCCUAGCUUACCCGGCUAUCCAAUCCUUAAUACCUUCCCUCACCCCUUAACCCUGGCCCCUCUUAUCUUACUAUUCAUGGACUAUUGAUGUGUUAAGAGUAUGAAACCCCUGAGCCUCAACCCUACCUCUAGCUUCACGUCCACAUCCUGGCUCAACCGUAACCCUAACGCUAUCCCCUCAUGCUAAUAAAAGCUCUCUCAAGUCACAUUAGUAUGAGAUUCUCUUUGGAUACCACUGGAUGGUGGAAUGUGCGUAUGGUAUUGGCACUAACCCUGGAACUGACCCUGUAAUAUAGCUUACUUACUUUCUCGUGUUGUUAUUAUUUCUAUUUCUCGUGUGUUUUUGUUCUACUUGACUUUUUCAUUUAUUUUAUAGUGCAUUGUUGGGAAAGAGCAAGCAAGAAAGGCAUUUCCCUGUACUAGUGCACGUGACAUUAAAAACUUGAACUUGAAACUUGAACUUGAAACUAUGGGCGUAUGUGCAUGUAUGUGCAUGUAUGUGCAUGUCUGUGUGUGUUUGUGUGUGUAUGUAAAUGGUCCGCUGUGACCAACCCCCACCAUGUUUCCCUUCUUACCCCCCUAACCUUGCUGUUAGCUCCUCAUCUCCAUGGCGAUAAGGUUACCGCUGAGCUUGUUAAGAUGACCCUGUAACAUAUUGUGUUACAGGGUUGAUGUUGCUAUGCCAGCAAUGUGACUUCUCUCUAAGGCUCCCUAUAAUCUUAGAGAUGUCACGAGGGAGAAAUGUCAAUCAAAUGAACUUGAAGAGUGCAUCACUCUCCUGGUUUUGAAAUUGGGGUAGUCUGCUAAACAGGAGUACUGUGUUUUUGUGUACAUUUAUGUGUGUGUGUUUAAUGUACCUAAAUGUGUGUGUGUGUGUGUGUGUGUGUCUCUCUCUCUCUCUCUCUCUCUCAGGUGUGCGUCUGGACCGGGUCCGUGGGGGCAGACAGAAGUACAAGAGAAGGAUAGACUCUGAGAACAGCCCCUACCUCAACCCUCAACACGGCCUGCCACAGAAGAGAACAUGUAAGAAUCAGUGGUGGGAAAAGUACCCAAUUGUCAUACUUGAGUAAAAGUAAAGAUACCUUAAUAAAAAAUGACUCAAGUAAAAGUGAAAGUCUGAAAGUAUUUGGUUUGAAAUAUACUUAAGUAUCAAAAGUAAAUGUAAUUGCUAAAAUAUACUUAAGUAUCAAAAGUAAAAGUAUAAAUCAUUUCAAAUUGCUUAUAUUAAGCAAACCAGACGCCAUCAUUUUCUUGUUUAUUUUAAUUUACGGAUAGCUAGGGGCACACUCCAACACUCAGACGUCAUUUACAAACUAAGUAUGUGUUUAGUGAGUCCGCCAUGUCAGAGGCAGUAGGGAUGACCAGGGAUGUUCUCUUGAUAAGUGUGUGAAUUUGAUCAUUUUCCUGUCCGGCUAAGCAUAAUAAAUGCAACAAGUACUUUUGGGUGUCAGGGAAAAUGUAUGGAGUAAAAAGUAUAUAAUUUUCUUUAGGAAUGUAGUGGAGUAAAAGUACAAGUUGUCAGAAAUAUAAAUAGUAAAGUACAGAUACUCCCAAAAACUACUUAAGUAGUAAUUUCAAGAAUACAAAACACACUCUACCUGCCUUUAUUUUUUGCUCUCUCUCUUGCUCUCGCUGUCUCUGUCUCUCUCUCUCAGUUCCUCUAGGUGGUCUGGUAGAGAAUAAGGUGGUCUCUCUCCUGCUGGUGGCUGAACCAGAGAGUAUCUUUGCCAUGCCGGACCCCACCGUCCCCGACAGUGACAUCAAAGCCCUGACCACACUGUGUGACCUUGCCGACCGCGAACUGGUUGUCAACAUCGGCUGGGCCAAACACAUCCCAGGUAGGAAAACACACACAGACACACAUAUACGAAUACAUGGGUAUAUACACACACACACACACACACACACACAGUUAUAAAAAAUACAUAAUAUUCAAUAAGACUCUUAUCAGCUCAGAGUGGAGAUUAUUGCCCCCUGUGUUGGAUUAAGACUUUAGUCCAGAAACAGAAAACUGUGUGUAUGUGUGUGUGUGUGUGUGUGUGUGUGUGUGUGUGUGUCUGUGUGUCUGUGUGUGGUUGUGGUUGUGUCUGUGUCUGUGUGUCUGUAGUCUGCUAAGCAAAGGUAAGGAUGUGCCAGAGUCUAGUGCUACCUGGAAGUAUUAGCAAUAGUUUCCUUCACAACCUUAAUGUGGCAGUCUUAAAUACUCUUAGGGCCCGACAUCACUGUGGAAAAAGGGCCACAAAACAUGUAAUGUUAUCACGAUUUUCAGUUUGCUUCCAUAUGACUGGUUUCACAUUCAUCUCCAGGGAUCAUAAGGAAAAAUAGUAUAAAACAAUUGCUAUGUGUUCUCCAAAAGGAUUACUCAUUUACCUAGCUCUUAUUGAUAACUCUUAUAAAUGUAUAAAUUACAGUGCAUGGAGAUUAUAUCGGAAAAAAUAAAAUAGAUGCUUUUUCCACUUGGAAGCGGCAGAUUCGCUAGACCUUAUUCAUGGCUUCCUCGCGAGUAAAGGUGGUGGAAUUAUUAGGGAAUUAGGUCAAGGUCAGAACACGGCGCAUCUGUAGACAAACCUCCGCCACACCUUCAUUUAUUAAAUCUCCACCCCAAAUGAAUAGCGGGUGAAUAUCAUACUAUUCUCAUGCUUAAAUUCAAGGUCAGAAUACGUGGAGAGAGAAAAGUGCAUAAGAAUUAAGUUCCAUUUACGCCCGCUUAACUCAGGUCGGAAUUACCCCCUUAAUGUUUCUGCCCUUCGUCCCAAAGGAUAUUUCCCGCUGCUAAGAGAAGUGUUUAGGAAGAACUUCUAGAUUAGUGCUCUCCUGGAUGGAAGCGUUGGAAGCAAGCGAAGCUGAACUUCUAGAUUAGUGCUCUGCUGGAUGGAAGCGUUGGAAGCAAGAGAAGCUGUUUAAGCCUAUUAAGAUCAAUCUAUGGUUUAGUUGUGUAGUGACAACACAUAUGGAUCAUCGGACACACACUGAUGGUGGAGAUAAAGAGGAAAGAGGCCAUCUAUCUUCAGCCCCUCCGUUGAGUUUGCAUUCCACUCUGUUGUGGAUACAUGGUUGAGCUUGUGACAGCCCCCUAGUUUCUCUCUCUGUCUCUCAAAUCAAUUCAAUUCAAAGGGCUUUCUUGGCAUGGGAAACUUGUGUUUACAUUGCCAAAGCAAGUGGAAUAGACAAUAAACAAAAAGGGAAAUAAACAAGGUAAAUAUACAAAAGUUUUAAAACAAUAUAGACAUUUCAAAUGUUACAUUAUUGGCUAUGUACGAUGUUGUAACAAUGUGCAAAUAGUUGAAGUAUGAAAGGGGGGGGGGGGGGGGGGGGGGGGGGGGGGUAUACAGAAGAUCGCCCUAUUUGGUAAACGACCAAGUCCAUAUUACGGCAAGAACAGCUCAUAUAAGUGAAGAGAAACGACAGUCCAUCAUUACUUUAAGACUUGAAGGUCAGUCAAUCCAGAACAUUUCAAGAACUUUGAAAAGUUUCUUCAAGUGCAGUCGCGAAAACAUCAAGCGCUGUGAUGAAACUGGCUCUCGUGAGGACCACCACAGGAAUGGAAGACCCAGAGUUACCUCUGCUGCAGAGGAUAAGUUUAUUAGAGUUACCAGCCUCAGAAAUUGUAGCCCAAAUAAAUGCUUCACAGAGUUCAAGUCACAGACACAUCUCAACAGUUCAGAGGGGACUGUGUGAUUCAGGCCUUCAUGGUCGAAUUGCUGCAAAGAAACCACUACUAAAGGACACCAAUAAGAAUAAGAGACCUGCUUGGGCCAAGAAACAUGAGCAAUGAACAUUAGACCGGUGGAAAUGUGUCCUUUGGCCUGGAGUCCAAAUUUGAGAUUUUUGGUUCCAACCGCUGUGUCUUUGUGAGACGCGGUGUGGGUGAACGGAUGAUCUCUGCAUGUGUAUUUCCCACCGUAAAGCAUGGAGGAGGAGGUGUUAUGGUGUGGGGGUGCUUUGCUGGUGACACUGUCUGUGAUUUAUUUAGAAUUCAAGGCACACUUAACCAGCAUGGCUACCACAGCAUUCUACAGCGAUACGCCAUCCCAUCUUGUUUGGGCUUAGUGGGACUAUCAUUUGUUUUUCAACAGGACAAUGACCCAACACACCUCCAGGCUGUGUAGGGGCUAUUUUACCAAGAAGGAGAGUGGUGGAGUGCUGCAUCAGAUGACUUGGCCUCCACAAUCCCCUGACCUCAACCCAAUUGAGAUGGUUUGGGAUGAGUUGGACCGCAGAAUGAAGGAAUAGCAGCCAACAAGUGCUCAGCAUAUGUAGGAACUCCUUCAAGACUGUUGGAAAAGCAUUCCAGGUGAAGCUGGUUGAGAGAAUGCCAAGAGUGUGCAAAGCUGUCAUCAAGGCAAAUGGUGGCUAUUUUGAAGAAUCUCAAAUCUCAAAUAUAUUUUGAUUUGCUUAACACUUUUUUGUUUACUACAUGAUUCCAUAUGUGUUAUUUUAUAGUUUUGAUGUCUUCACUAUUAUUAUACAAUGUAAAAAAUAGUGAAAAUAAAGAAAAACCCUUGAAUGAGUAGGUGUGUCCAAACUUUUGACUGGUAGUGUGUGUAUGUAUAUGCAUAUAAUUAACAUCCCUACUGUGAAGUAGGAAAUGGCGUCAAACGCCCCCGAUCCUGAAUUCAAUCACAUAUAUCCAGUAUCUCUUCCUUCACUCUCUUUCUCUUUCCCCAAGCUUUUUCUCUCUCUCACUCAGAUGAAAGUAUUUUGGCUCUAUCAGCAGUUAAUGUCCUGUUCACACCCAAAACAUCACCAGGGAAACACCUGUGUUUUUGUUGAUGCUUGUCCAGUAAUGCUUACCCAACAAGCUGCCUAAGCAGGUGUGUGUGUGUGUGUGUGCGUUCGCGUGCGUGCGUGUCUGAGACUUUCCUGUUCAGCACUUUCUUCGUUCUCAAAGAAAGGAUGAAGAGCAACAAAGCGUUCCCCUCCUGGCUGCCUUGGAACUCUUCUUCUCUGCUUGUCACCAGUGUUUACUGUCAGAGUGGGAGUCUAACAUAAUCAGUCACAUGGAUGUGUGUAUUUGUAGCCCUUUGCCAGUGGAGCAUUUGUCUCUCUGGAGGAGUGGCGCAGCCAUGAGAAACAACCACCGACACAGACACACCAGGGACCCACUUGAGGGCAUGAUGGAGAGAGAGAGAAACUGAGAGAGAGAGUGGGAGGGCGGUAGGGAAUGAGCGAGAGGGCAAGAGAGAGAGAUCGAGAGUCAGCGAGAUGUUGUGAGAGGGGAAGAUACAGUAGAUAAGGACAGAGUGAGGAAGGACAGAGAGAAAGUAGUGUCAGCUCUAGACCCCUGGUAGCACCGUAAUGGUGGUGUCACAUCAACUCUGUUUGAGUGGCAGGCUACGGCACAUGGCUGGGAACCAAUGUCCUGGCAGAGGGGCCCAGGCUAUCUGCUACUGCCCAGGGGGAGGUGAGUCCAGCUUGGCCACUCAGCAGCCUGUCCCCCGUCCCCUCCUCUGCCUGGUCCUGUCAUGGAGACUGACGUUGAUUCUGUCUGAGGGCUAGGCUGGGAGAAGAUGAGCUUAAGACCCUCUCUCACACCACACUUUGGCCUUUUUUAGGCUGCCGUAAAUUGUCUGUGAAGUUAGUGUGUGUGUCUGUAGGGGCUCAGCUGAACCCUUCAUGCCCAGAUAACCUCAAAUUGAAGCCUGUACGCAUAUCAUUGUCCCAAGCUCUUCUCAUACCCUAACCCUUACUACAGCGUUGAGAAUGACAUCUCAUGGACUAACUACUCUGGGUUAAGUAAGAGGACCUCUUUGUCUCUGCCGACUUUGUCUUGUCUCUGCGGGACAGAGGAUGUCUCUGAUGCUCCUUUAUGUGUCCCCUUGUGUGUGUCCAUAUAGAGGUGUCCUCAAAGACAACGACAUACACACAGACUCACACAAUGCUACUCCCUCUCAUUCCAAUCAAUCUGGGAGAGAAAAGAGAGGAGCGGGAGCCACAGGCAUCCACAUGGCGAUUAUAAAAGCACCCGGACCCUGAUAAGAAUCACUGAUGGUGUAAAAAAAAAAAAAGCCCUUCUCCUUUCCUUCUGUAAAACGAAUCCUCUGGUUUUUAAUUAUGCUGUGUGUGUGUGUGCGAGGAGACUACAGAUUGUGUGGAUUUAAUCAUGCUCACAUGGGUGUGUAUCUGUUUGUCAAAGGGGGUGUCUUUAUUGGAUUGACAACUUAUGGGCUUUCACUAUUAAACUACUUCACACCCCUGCCUCUGCCCCUCUACCUCAACUGACCCCUCAUCCAAUGACCCUUCAGUUGACAUUGGUCUAAUAAUUCCAACGGGUCCAGCCAUUCUGACUAAAACCAUCACAAUUAUAUUUUCGAAUGCCAAUGUUUUUGAAACCUUGGUGUACUUUUCGUUUGUAUCUUUUCGAUGAAGAUAUGUCUUUAAAAUGGUCCUUCCCCUCCCUAAUUAGACCUUGCUAUAAACUCUCCAUCUCUCCCUUUUCUCCUCCAUCCCUCUUUCUCCAGGUUUCCCCUCGCUCUCGCUGGCAGACCAGAUGAGUCUACUGCAGAGCGGAUGGAUGGAGAUUCUGAUCCUGCGUGUGGUGUUUCGCUCGCUGGCCUUGGAGGAUAAACUGGUGUAUGCUAAGGACUACAUCAUGGAUGAGGAGCAGUCCAAACUGGCAGGUGUACUGGACCUAAACAACACCAUACUGCAGCUGGUGAAGAAAUACAAAGCCAUGAGGAUUGAAAAGGAGGAGUUUGUUGUCCUCAAGGCCAUCUCACUGGCUAACUCAGGUAUGAAACUUCACUGUGUUGGUGUAAUUGAGGUUGAGUUAGGCAUGCAUUUUCCAAUGACUAUUUGGCUUUGCUAGCGUUCAAUCUCUGCAUAUAUGCCAACAUCAUCUCUCAAUAUCUUCCUUCCUCUGCCCUAUCCAUGUUCCUUCCUUUCCAUCUGUCUCUCCCCUUCUCCACAGACUCCAUGCAGAUAGAGGACGUAGAUGCAGUCCAGAGGCUCCAGGAUGUGCUCCAUGGGGCCCUGCAGGAUUACGAGAGUGCUCAGCACACGGAGGACCCUCGGCGGGCAGGCAAGCUCAUUAUGACCCUGCCCCUGCUCCGGCAGACGGCCGCCAGGGCUGUGCAGCACUUCUGCAGCAUCAAGCAGGACGGCCGUGUGCCCAUGCACAAACUGUUCCUGGAACUGCUGGAGGCCAGGGCCUGACCAGCCACGUGGGACUAGGAUCACAUAGAGGAAGGAUAGGGUAGUGAUAGGUCAAGAUUAAUGCAGGAAGUGGUACUGUGCUGGAAGAACAGAGUGAACAGCAAUGAGUGGACCUGAACGGAGCCAAAAUGGCUCCUCUGUGAAGUUCCAGUUGCUCUUCUAUUAAGUCAUUGUUGUCCGAUCCUUCUUUAUGUCAUUCUGGGACUGUUGUGAGUUUGACAAGGCUAAUAAACCCUGCUCGCCAUUACAAACUCAGGAGGAGAGGAGAGGAGGAAGGACUGACAUCACCUUAGUGACAGGGAUAGCUGCCUUAUGAGGGAUUUUGAUGGCAGUUAUUGAUAUAAACCUAAACAGUUCUAGUGAAAUGAAGAAAGACACCCAAAACUUGAAGAUCCUCUAGGAUUAUUAUUUGUGUGAAACCAGCUCUAAGCCGGUUCAUCUUGCAUUGUAGUGCUUUAAUAACUUUUCUUUUUUAUAUAAAACUAAUUGUGGACAGGCUUGCCAAAGAACGGUGUGACACACAGUCAAAGGAUGCAGCAAGCGGUCACAAUAAUGUAUGGUGUCCUGUAAGGCACUCACCUAGCAUAAGUUAAGGAACUUGAUUUCAUUUAAAUACAUUAAGUACAUUUAACUCAAUGAUUAUGAAGGUGAGGGGAGAAAUUGAAAAAAG